GCACAAUCGUCAUUUCGGGCGACAGGAUGGGAUCCCAUACUUAUAAUCGCUCAAAUUGUCUCAUUACAAUCGCUCUAUUACAUAUUCAUCAGCUUACUUUUACUCAUUGCACUUGCAUUAACCGGGGGCGAACUUUCACUUGACGCCAUUCUCGACGAUUCCGAAAUUCGAACCGACACUGUGUUCGGCUGGACGCUGGCACUCGUCUGGCUUGUCAAUGCUGCCAUUAAUAUAUCCGUCCUGGUGUUUCUUGUGCAACGAGCCAAGCUCGUGCUUGAUUUUGUUCUUACGCUCCAUUUUAUCCAUACUGUGUUUGUAUGGAUCCAUACAGGCCAUUUUCCUACCUGCGGCCCAUGGUGGGUUCUACAAAUCAUGAAUGCGAUAUUGAUGACGUUGGGUGGCGAGUGGGCGUGUAUGCGGCGCGAAAUGGAGCCAAUC